AUGAAGGAUUUGGGCCAGCUUCAUCACUUCCUGGGCGUGUCCGUUACUCACAGCUCAGCUGGUCUGUUCCUAUCUCAGCGUCAGUACAUCCUUGACAUCUUGGAACAUGCUGGGAUGCAGGACUGCAAGCUGUGUUCGACUCCAGUGGACACAUGUGCCAAGCUCUCCUAUGACGGCCCUCCUGUGGAUGACCCCAGUCAGUACCGUAGCCUUGUUGGCGCUCUUCCGUGGCUUACCUUCACUCGACCGGACAUUGCCUUCGCCGUUCAGCAGGCUGUCAAGCGCAUCCUUCGCUACCUCAGCGGCACCUUAGAUCAUGGUCUUCGACUUUGUCCCACCUCGCCGGCUUCUCUCUGA